AUGACUUUCUUCACAGCAUGGUGGAGGCUGACAUUGGGCAUCCUGAUUGUAACAGUGACGGUGCACGCGACCGUUCAAGAUGCCGGUGGUCACUCGUUGCGGACCACAAAGUCAGCGACGACAGGCUCGACAUGGGGGCCCUAUCGGCCGAAUCUAUACUUCGGGGUCCGCCCACAGCUCCCCGAGACGCUCCUGUUCGGGCUGAUGUGGGCGAGCGGCGAUAGUCGCGAUGGCAUGCUACGCACCCUGCGCGACACAUGCGAGCAGGACGACGGCAUGCAGGGCUACGGGUGGACCAGCUACGACCCGCGCGCGGGCGGGAGCCAGACGAUCCACGACGCCGCGCUGCGCGUGGACCUGAAGGUCGACUUUUACAAGUCCCAAGACGGCUUGAGCUGGACGGCCCGGGUCACGGGGACCCCGAGGGCGGGCGCGCCGGCCGACCUCAAGACGGCGGUGGUUUUCCAUGCCGCGAUGGAGCGCGCCGAGAGCCCCACGAGCGAGAGGAGCUUGCGCUGCGUCCGCCACUUGCGGCAUCGGGAUGAUAUCCGGUGUAUGGCGUUGCUGCCGGAGCUGGACCCCGUAGGCCUCUAUAUAACGAGGGGCACGGAUAAUAAGGUGGUCGAGGGGCCGUCCGUGAUGAGCUUGAACGUGACGGAGGACCAGAUCUGGCAGGCUAAAGACCACAUGGUUGAUCUCAUGGACGGGCACUCAAGUGCCGCGUUCUCAACGCGUGUGGAUGCUGUCUUUCCCAGGGCAGCGCCCUUCGAGGACCAAAAGUACGCCGGGCUCACGCAGUCGCUGUUGGCGAACCUCCUAGGCGGCAUGGGAUACUUCCACGGCGAUCAACUGAUCGACUACUCGCAUGCGCCCGAGUACGAGGAGACGGACCUCAGAUUCUGGGAGAAGGCUGCAGAUGCCAUGGCGCACGCUCCAGUCACCAUCAAACCCAAUGUGUCUCUCCUCUCCUUCGUCCCCUCGAGACCCUUCUUUCCUCGUGGUUUCCUGUGGGACGAAGGCUUUCAUCUGCUCCCUGUGAUUGAGUGGGACCUCAACCUAGCUGUUGAAGUCCUCAAGAGUUGGCUUAGUCUUAUGGACGAUGAUGGCUGGAUUGCACGCGAGCAAAUCCUGGGACCAGAAGCACGAAGUAAAGUGCCCAAAGAGUUUCAGACACAAUAUCCACACCAUGCCAAUCCUCCGACUCUCUUGAUGUUGGUUUCUGUAAUCAUCUCCAAGCUUACUCAUGCAACGCCUUACAACGGCGACUCAUCCGACUCGAUCACUUCAGCAGAAAAGGGCCAAGCGCUCGUAAAAGAGAUUUUCCCUCUGCUCUCCCGCCACCAUGAUUGGUUCCGCCGCACGCAAGCAGGCAACUUCACGGCGUACCCACGACCUAGUGGCGCCAAUGCCGAAGGGUAUCGCUGGAGAGGCCGCAACCCCGGCCACUGUCUUGGGAGUGGGCUGGAUGACUAUCCGCGGGCGGAGCCCCCUCACCCGGGCGAACUCCAUGUCGAUGCACUCGCAUGGAUUGGGGCUUCAGCAAAAGCCCUGCAGCAGGCGGCCGAGUACAUUGGCGAGGAUAGCAGUAUUUAUAAGGAACAACUGCAGGCGGUUCGUCAGAACCUCGAUACCCUCCACUGGGAUCCGGCCACGGAAACCUAUUGCGAUGCGACGAUUGGCCACGAUGGAAAAUAUAAGCACGUGUGCCAUACUGGUUAUGUAUCGCUAAUGCCGCUGCUGCUCGGGCACUUGGACGAAUCGCAUCCCCACCUGCCCGCCGUUCUUGACACCCUAUCGGACCCAGCCAAGCUCUGGUCGCCCCACGGCCUCCGGAGUCUAAGCGCCCAGGACGAGAACUACGGCAAAGACGAGGACUAUUGGCGCGGCGCCGUCUGGAUGAACAUCAACGUCCUCGCGGUCCUCGGCCUCCGGAACCUGGGCAACAGCACGACCGCGGGGGCCAGGGCCCAGUCGCUGGCCGCGCACCUGAGGAAGCGCGUCGUCGACACUGUGUACAGCAGCUGGGAGCAGACCGGCUUCGCCUGGGAGCAGUACAGCGACGGCACGGGAAAGGGGCAGAGGAGCCGGGCCUUCACGGGCUGGACGGCGGCUGUCCUGCUAUUGAUGGGUCUCGAGGACGCCACGGUUGUGUUCCCCGAUCCACUCGAGGGCAGCACCACGCAUUCGAGCGGCUGGACAGCCCCAGCCAUUGGAUUUGUGGGCCUGCUGGUUUUGCUUGUGCUGUUCAGACACAGAAUAAUGGGACUCUGCAGUCGCGUUGCGAUAGUCUGGCGGCAGUCUCGGUCUCACAGGUAUCAUCAAGGGGACGAGGGGAGGGCCCUGAACGAGGCGAUCGACUUGGAUGACUUGUAUGAGUCUGACACUGAUACGGCGGAUAGAUAA